AUGUCUCCUCCUCCUAAGCCCCUCCCCGAAGCUUUCUGGCCAACUAUCAGACAGGCCAUCGGUAAGGGCAGCAACACAAAUUCUGACAACCAGGCCAUCACCCCUCAAUGCCCCAUCUGCAUGGAGCCACUCCCGGUGAAAUCUUUCCCUGCCCAAGGUGAGUUGGAUGCUGAGGUCUUGCUCUGCGGUCAUGUUCUCUGCCAGCCUUGUCGCAAACAGUGGGAGCGAAGUGAGUUGGGAGACCGGUGCCCUGCGUGCCGAACCACUCUCUACUGCACUCGCUGUGAGGCAAACGCCAUUCCUCUCACUAUCCCCAAGAACGGCGAAGGAUCCAGUAUUCCUCCAGGUAUUCCUGAGGGUAAGCAAGACUUGUGUCCUGAUUGUCAGGCUGAGGUUGAGUUUCACAAGGCUGUUGAGAACGGUGAGUGGCCUCAUAACCUAGAUGACAUGGAGCCUGGGUUUGUCAGCCUUUUCUACCAUGUUGUUAACGACAUUGAGAAGGAUGGUGAUGUUGCUACGAUGAGUAGGGUUCAGGAUGCGAUUACCGACACCAUCGUGCAGGAGUUUUCAAACAUGAUGGUCAGUCGUCGCAUGGUCACGCUUGGUCGUGGGAACACGCUGCGACAGGCGAAUCCAUGGUACACUGAGAACAACAAACGUCAGGAAAACCGUCGUAACGGGGUCAUCGGCUUUGACUCGGAAGAUGAUGAGGAGCCUCGUGCAAACACUCCCGCUGGUGUCCCUCAUCGAAUUGGGGAUCCAUUUGUAGUCGGACUGCGUGAUAGAGAUAGACUUGGGAAUGUUGCAUUUGGCGUGCCGCCUUAUCGCUUGGAUCAUGGCUAUGCCAAUCAGGCUGACGUCCAGGAUGGCAUCGCACGUCCAGAUGCAGCAGCACCACGAUCCGACAAUAUAAGCUCCAUUGUCCGUGCAAUUUGGGGAUCAGAGGGAGCAGACGCAGGAAGGGCUCGAGGAGAAGCAGAGGUAGCGCCUCGAGACACAGAUCAACAGAUGAGGGCUCCAAGACAGGUACCGUUGCCUGUCUUUGCACGUCCCAGCGCUGCAACACAGACAGCUCAAGAUGAUGAUAGACAGCCACCAGAUGCUGACGAACUUAGACAGUGGGCUGAGUUUCUAGAACUACAACGGGAGGGUAAUCCUUCUCCUGCAGCAGCUGUAGCGGCCAGACCAGCUCGAGUCUAUCCAGAGGGAUCGGCGGCUGCAAUUCUUGAGCAACUCAGGCCCGUGGAUGAGGAGUUUUUCCCUGAUAUGCCUACCUGGGACGAAUAUGUUGCUGAUGCCGAUGCGGAUUUUGCUUCCCACGUUAAUGAUCCUAACUGGCCACCUCUAAUACGUGCAGAGUACAUAGCAGAGCACGAAGAGUAUAUGAGAAGACUUGUAGCGAACAGAACGGCUGCAUCGUCGUCCAGUGCGGCAUCCGGUGCACAGAACUCGAGCUCCAUGAACCUGGGCGACAGCGACGAGGAGAUGUCGUCGGCCGAUCAGCCCGUCUCUGAGCGCUGA